CUUGGUCGGUGUUUUUAGAAACCAGUAUUAUUGGCUUUUGGGCGCGUGCUCUGCCUCUGCCGGAGAGUAGGCUAGUCCAUAAGCCAAGUUCUCUGGAACCCUAAAAGGGUAAGGAAACUGCCAGUAGGCGACAGGCAAGACAAGAUUUUCCCAAGACUCGUUUUCUAGCCACCACAGCAUAUUUCGUAUGCUGCUUUGUAUUUCAAAUACACUUAUCCAUUCAUGUCUGAGAUCAAUAAAAUCAGUUUUCUACUUUCUACAAAAAAAAAAAAAAGCUCUAUAACCACUGAGCCACCUAACAGCACCAAAGCGUCCUUCAUCCUUGAGUCACUUAACAUCACUGUGAACCCUGACCUCACCAGCAGCACCCCUCAGCCAGAGACCUGUUACUUGCAACCCAGCUUUUCCCCCUUUGUCUUCUUUCUCCUGCUGACAGUCAUGAUGGCCUGCUGCCUGACUGCCUUCUUCGGACUGACUCGUCUCCCUAAGCAGUGGGAACUCUCUACUGAGGACCUCCUAGUUAGUCAGGUGACUCUCAGAUCUUUCCAGCUCCAGGAAACUGGCAGCAGUAACAGAGACAGCUGCCCAUCCGUAGUCCUGCCUGAGGAGAAGCAGGUCACCAUCCGGCCACAGGCCCAAUUAGCCUUCAUCUACUUUUUGGUGGUCUUUGUGAAUGCCCUCACCAACGGAAUCCUCCCCUCUAUCCAGACUUACUCCUGCAUGCCCUAUGGUUCUAUGGCCUAUCACCUGUCUGCAGCACUUAGUGCCAUGGCCAACCCCCUCUCCUGCCUCCUGGCUAUGUGCCUAUCCAGUAGAUCUCUCUCCUGGCUGGGGAUGAUCACAGUGGUGGGAACCGGUUUUGGAGCCUACAACAUGGCCGCGGCUGUCCUGAGUCCCUGCCCCCCGCUGAAGGGCUCCCAUUGGGGAGAGGCCCUCAUUGUUAUCUCUUGGGUGCUUUUCACUGGGACCCUGAGCUACGUGAAGGUGAUGACUGGGGUGCUCCUGCGUGACCUGAGCCACAGCGCCCUCGUGUGGUGUGGCGCAGCGGAACAGUUGGGUUCUGCAUUUGGGGCGAUACUCAUGUUUCCUCUUGUCAACGUGUUGCACGUUUUUAAAUCCGCCGAUGGAAGCAGCCUGCAGUGUCCCAGCUGAAAGCAUGCACGAGACAAU